AUGUCUUCACCGUGUGCUAUCGACACCUGCAAACGUAAAUCACGAGCAUUAUGUCAUUGUUGUAGCAAGAAUCUUUGUCUUGAUCAUUUGAAAGAACAUAAUGAUUUAAUUCAUUCUCAACUAAAUCCUCUUGAUGAUGAAAUUAAUACUCUGCAUAAUCAGAUGUCGGCAUUAAAUGUUGAUGAAGUGAUUGAUAAAUGUCGUCAAAAAUUAGAUAAAUGGAGUCAUGAUUGUCAUACUAUAAUCGAUCGUUUUUAUGAAGAAAAAUGUCAAGAACUUCAACAACGUUGUAUUGAACAAGCUGGUCAAAAACGAAAAAAAAUUCAUCAAUUGAAAUUAAAAACAAACGAACUUAUUCAAGAACAAGAAGCAACGCAUGAUGAUAUUUUUUCAUUGAUAGCAACUAUUAAUGAUAUCAAACGUGAUGUUAAUCAAUUUGAAGAGAAUGGCAUUUUAGUUGAUGUUCAUCCUUUAAUUAUUAAUCAAAAUUUAAUUUAUAUUGAAGAAUCGCCAUCAAAUGAACUUGAUAUAUCAAAUCUUUCGUCUCCUUACCGAUCCAUCGAUUGUUUCAAUAAUGAAUGGCCUGUACUGACAAGCAACAAUCAAUUUUUACUAGUAGAUCAAUAUCCAAAUUUAUGUUUAUUUAAUAAAGAAUUGACUCUUGUAAAACAAUCUUCAUGGGAAUAUGAUCACAUUUCUGAUAUGUGUUGGUCAUCGACUAUAAAUAGUUAUAUUAUAAUAACAAAAAAAAAUGAAGUUUUUCUAAUUAACGAAAAUCUAACAUCAAUUGAAUGCAUUCAAACAAUCGAGAAGCAACAGUGGCAAUCUUGUACAUGCUCAGAUACAUCUCUAUUUCUAGCCACAAAUGAUUACGGUUCUGAUAUUUUUCAAUUCAAUCUUUUAUCGUCGUUUCAUUUCAUCAAACAAUGGAAACCUCCUCAAACUUGUAACUACAACGAACUUAUUCAUAAUGUUGCUUAUAACAAUGGAACACUUGCGUUAACAAUAUCACAGAAAUACAAUGAAACAUUUACUUUAAUAAUAUUACAGAAAUACAAUGAAACAGAGCGCAUAGAACUUCGAUCUUCAUCAACACUCGAAAAACUCUGGUCACUCUCAUUUGAUAGAAUGUAUAGUAUUGAGAAACCGGUAUAUCGUGUUUGUUCACUCAAAUAUGACGAAUGGCUUGUAAUCGAUCAUAAUGCUUCACGUCUUUUACAUGUUAGUAAAGAUGGAAAAGUAAAGCCAAAGCAUUCAUACGAACCAGCAGCUCGUAAUGCUGUUUUAUUUGGUUCAAACAUAUUGGCUAUCAGGACUAUAAAUCGUCUGAAUUGUUAUAGAGUAUAA